AUGAUCCUCACACGUUCGUCUUGCCGUCUGGCGAGACAUGCGCUCUCCCAGGCACAGCUCUGCCGGGGCCCGAGCCGAGCGGCGCCUGCGGGUGCGGUGUUCGACCGGCGGCCUCAGGCGAACAGCCGCAACAUGAGCGCCGCCGCCCACCGGACCCCUGCCGGGUUGAAGGAUCUACUGCGCGUGUCCGAGGAGGUCGCCGACGCCGUCGCGAACAACAAGCCCGUCGUCGCUCUGGAAUCGACCAUCUACACCCACGGCGCGCUGGGCAACGAUCUCGGUCUGGAAGACGUCGUCCGCCGCGGCGGCGGCGUGCCCGCCGUCUGCGGCAUCCUCAACGGCGAGCCUGUCGUCGGUUUGACCGAGGCCGAGGUCGCGCAGAUGGUCGACUCCGGCACUGCCAGCAAGGUGUCGAGGAGGGAUGUUGCCCACCUGGUUGGAUUGGGCAUCACAGGCAAGAAGGUCCACGGCGGUACGACCAUCGCCGGCACCAUGCUCCUUGCACGGCUCGCCGGCGUCCGCAUCUUCGGCACCGGCGGCCUGGGCGGCGUCCACCGUGGUGGCGAGAACUCGAUGGAUGUCUCGGCGGACCUCACCGAGCUUGGCCGCACCCGCGUGGCCGUCGUCAGCUCCGGCUGCAAGGGGUUCCUCGACAUCCCACGUACUCUCGAGUUCCUUGAGACGCACGGCGCCUUCGUCGCGACCUUCGCCGACGGCCGCACCGGCAAGGUCGACUUCCCCGCCUUCUGGGCCCGCGACAGCGGCACCAGGAGCCCCCUGGUGGUCCAGACGGAGCGUGAUGCCGCAGCCAUGAUCUUGGCGCAGGAGAGGCUGGGCAUCGAGUCCGGCAUGCUCUUCGCCAACCCUAUUCCCGAGGAGCACGCCAUCCCCCGCGCCGAGAUGGACGUCGUCAUCGAGACGGCCGUCACGGAGGCCGUCGAGAAGGGCUUCACGGGCUCCACCAACACGCCGUACGUCCUCGGCAGGAUCAGGGAGCUGACGCGGGAGCGGAGCACGCUGGCCAACAAGGCCCUGGUGAGGGCCAACGUGGCGCGGGCCACCAAGAUCGCGGUGGAACUCUCGAAGCUGCUGGACGGGGGCGCCGGCUCGGAAUCCGUCUCUUCAAACACGUUUGUUUCUGGUUAUGACGCCACCGCCGCGAAACCUGCGGCCCCGGCGAAAGCGCCCAAGCUGAGCAAGGCGGAUGUUCUCGUAGCCGGGUCCGUGGCGAUUGACUUGAGUUGUGACUACCACCCCAUCGGGGACAAAAAGGAUGUUUCACCGCAUACGCACACGUCAAACCCUGCCCGCAUCAACCAGUCCAUUGGCGGCGUCGGCCACAAUGUUGCCCUCGCCGCCCACAGGGUAAGCAAAGAUAUCAGCGUACGCCUCUGCAGCUUGAUCGGGGACGACGUGUAA